CUUGCCCCUGAAGUCCCAGGAGAAUGACUCAGCAAGAUGGAGAGCAACCAAAUCAGUCCCAUUCUCUCUUUGAUGCCUUUCUGCAUGCCAAGCAGUGCAAAGAGGUCUUGAGCAGAUUUGAAGAGCUGUGCAGUUAUCUGAAUCUGGAACACACUGGCCAGAUCCAUUUCUAUCACAAGCUCAAGUCUUCUAUCAAUUAUUGGAGUGCUAAAGCUUUGUGGACCAAGUUGGACAAGAAGGCUGGACACAGAGACUAUGACCAAGGAAGAGCAUGUUCAAACACCAAGUGUCUGAUCAUCGGAUCAGGGCCCUGUGGUCUCCGCUCAGCUAUUGAAUUGGCUUUCCUUGGAGCACACGUUGUGGUGGUAGAGAAGAGAGAUAACUUUUCCCGAAACAAUGUGCUACACCUUUGGCCUUUCACUAUCCAGGACCUGCGGGCCCUUGGAGCCAAGAAAUUCUAUGGCCGUUUCUGCACUGGAUCCUUGGAUCACAUCAGUAUCCGUCAGCUGCAGUUGAUCCUGCUGAAAGUAGCCUUGUUGUUAGGUGUUCAUGUUCACAUCGGUGUACAAUUUAAGGGACUCAUUCUACCAGUAGUGAACUCUCAUGGGCAGGUCAGUGGAUGGAGAGCUGACCUGCAGCCUGGCUCCUCUCCCUUGAGCCAAUAUGAGUUUGAUAUUCUCAUCUCUGCUGGUGGUGGAAGGUUUGUGCCAGAAGGCUUUAAAAGGAAGGAGACACGAGGCAAAUUGGCUAUUGGCAUUACCACCAAUUUUAUAAACAACCAUAGCAAAACUGAGGUGGAAGUGGCUGAGAUAAGUGGAGUGGCUCGCAUAUACAACCAGAAGUUCUUCCAAAAUCUCUUUAACAAAACGGGUAUUGAUUUGGAAAACAUUGUCUACUAUAAAGAUGAUACUCACUACUUCGUCAUGACAGCCAAGAAGCAUAGCUUGCUAAAGAAAGGAGUAAUCUUAAAUGAUAAGCUUGACAUAGAGAGCUUACUCUCUCCAGAAAAUGUGAACCAGGAAGCCCUUCUCGCUUAUGCCAAAGAGGCUGCCAACUUCUCUACCAACUACCAGUUGCCCACUUUGCAAUUUGCCCUAAACCAUCACCACCGUCCUGAUGUUGACAUGUUUGACUUCACCUGCAUGAGCCGUGCAGAAAAUGCAGCUUUGGUGCGUGACUGCAAUGGCGCUAAGCUGCUUAUCGGGUUGGUGGGAGACUGCUUGGUGGAGCCAUUCUGGCCCUUGGGCACUGGUGUGGGCAGAGGUUUCUUAGCUGCAUUUGAUGCUGCUUGGAUGGUAAAAAGAUGGGCCUCAGGAGUAUCCCCACUGGAUGUGUUGGCUGAGAGAGAAAGUAUAUAUCAGCGGCUGUCACAGACUUCACCUGACAACAUGAACAAGAACAUUAAUCAGUAUAGCAUUGAUCCCAACACACGAUACCCAAACAUCAACCUUCAGGCAAUCAAGAUCUCUCAGGUUCAUAAACUGUACAUUAAGGGAGAUAUAGAAAUGGAGCAGAACAAGAGAAGAAGUCGUGCCAGCCCAGAGUUAGUCUGCAAAGAAACCAGUAGAGCCUAUGAAGAGCUUCUUAAUUGGUGCCAAUCAAACACAGCCAGUUACCAUGGCAUCAAGGUGGAAAACUUCACGCACUCCUGGAAAAGUGGAUUGGCUCUUUGUGCCCUCAUACAUCACUUUCGCCCAGAUCUUCUGGACUUCAAUUCAUUGGACCCAAAUGACCCCAUUGGGAACAACCAACUGGCUUUAGAUAUGGCUGAGCAGGAGCUUGGCAUUUCUCCAGUCCUCUCCAGCACUGAAAUGGCUUCCCUGUCUGAUAAUGAGCAACUUGGCUUGAUCACUUAUUUGAGCCAAUUUUAUGAUGCCUUCAGGACUGCUCCAGAAUGGAAGGAGAAAGCAGAGAAACCUCUUGUCCCAUGUGGCACCAAAAGUGCUAUCCUGUUUCUUAGCAAGCUACAGAAGACUUUAUCUCUCUCACGUAAACGGAAUUUGGAAAAGUCUACCUGGGAUGCAGAAUCCAAGAAGUUAAAGCAAGAGGCUGGGACUUUGCCUGUCUCUCCGAUGAGGAGCAGUGAUGCCUGCUACUUCUGUGGAGAUCACAUUUACAUCCUGGAGCGGGUCAGUGCCGAAGGGCGCUUCUUCCAUCGAGGCUGCUUCAAAUGCCAUUACUGCAAAAUAACAUUGCGACUAGGAGAUUUUGUCUUCAAUGAAGAUGAUGGCAACUUCUAUUGCACAUUGCAUUCCUUGGUCUCAUCAGACAUGACUACCCCCAGCAAAGCUUCCUUCAAAGAAGCAUAUGAGGCUUUAUCCUAUGUGGACAGCCCAUCAGACAAAAAUUUUUUAGACUGGACUACUGAAGAAGAGAGGAUGAAAGAGAGAAAGAGAGAAAAAAAUCCACGUUGGCAAAACCUGGAUGAGAUUAUGUCUCCCUUUGUAGAUCAGCUGCCAGAACACCAGCCUGAACCACUUCAGAAACAAGGCAGUGAAGGCUCCAGCCUAUUCCCAUCAGAAAAGAAACGUGCCGAUACAAUAAGCUCCUCGCAGCAUCCACCUCGACUGUCCUCUCUUGUGGGAGAGAAGGAGCCGAGUGACUCUGUUCCCAAGGCUGAUUCAGCUUUUCAGAUUGAGGGAAACAGAAGAUCACCUGAAAACAAGGCACAGGACCAAGCAAUUUGGAGCGGUCACUCUAAGGGAGAACCUUGUCUAAAUCUCCUUUCACAAGGACCAGGCCUUACUAUUUUGGGAGAAGGUUCAAACCCCACACUAGAGCAAAUGCAGUGUGAAAAUAUCCAGAAGAAGAAAAUUUGUUUGUCAGACUUGGAAAAGCUUGAAUUAUCCAGACUGAGUCCAAUUUCAAACCCGCUUGAUAUUUCAGAUACAGGGCUGGAAGAAUCCAGCUUCAGCAGAGAAUCAGAUUUUCUGGAAGUUGCCAGUGACAGCGAGGAGGAGGAGGAGGAGGAGGAAGAAGAUGAAGGGAACUUAGAUCUUGGGAGAAACAUGCAUUUCCUCAGCUUCACUGAAGACACUCAGUAUCCAACUUGGAAGAAGACAUUAUUGCGACGAGCCAAAGAGGCCGAAAUGAAGAGGUUUUGUAAAGCUCAGGCCAUCCAGAGGCGGUUAGAAGAGAUUGAAGUGACUUUUCGGGAUCUUGAGAAACAGGGCAUAAAGGUGGAACAAUCUCUGCGAGAAGAGGCAGGAACAGAGUCUGAACUGAAGAAGCAGUGGAUGAACCAGUUGCUCGCGUUGAUCCAAAAGAAGAACAGCCUGAUGUCUGAGGAGUCUGACCUCAUGAUUGAUGUGCAAGAGCUGAAGCUGGAGGAGCAGCAGUGCCAGCUGGAUCAAGAGCUACGGCGCUACUAUAAUCUGGAUGAUUAUUUGAAAACAUCUGAGGACCAUGAAGCAGAGAAGAUGAUCUUGUCCCAACUGGUUGCAAUUGUGAAUCAACGCAGUGCUCUCAUCGAGAUGCAAGAGAGGAAGCGGCUCAGUGAACUUUCUGAGCAUGCUCCAGUGAUGGAACAUGCCUAGAAUAUUUGAGGUCAGGUUUAUCUGGUGGAUAAAUUUGCUGAACAUCAUUCAUAUUGGGGAAGCCAUUCCAUUCUAGACUCUGAUGAACAAGCCUAAUCUUUUGGAGCUUGAAGCAUCUGAUGCAAUUA